AUGGAUUCGGACGACAAAGAGAUGCUCGCCGUGCUUUUUGACGAGGAAGUAGCCGCUGCCGAUGAUGCUGCCUCCGGUGGCGAACAGGAGCAUCAACUCAUCGUCUCAUCGCUUCUUGGCCUCAGCGCCGAAGAUGCAGAGCGGCCGGGAAGGGGAGGAUCGAGGAAACGCCGCCGCAAGAGCAAGGCGAGGCAAACGAUGGAAGGCUACUGCAUGCUGUACGCCGACUACUUCCCCGAUGAUCCAUUGCACAAUGAUGUGAUCUGUCGGCUCCAUUUCAGAAUGUCUCGGAAGCUCUUUUUGAAGAUCACCGAGUACCUCCGGGAGUACGACGAUUACUUCAAAUUGAAGAGGGACAUCGUCGGCACACUUGGUUUCACAUCAAUUCAAAAAUGCACGGUAUCCCUCCGUUUGCUUGCUUAUGAAAUUCCUGCCGAUACACAGGACGACUACCUUCGCAUGGCCGAGUCCACGGCCAUCGAUUGCAUGUACAGGUUCUAUAGGGAAAUUGUGACGGUGUUAGGAGAUCAGUACUUGAGGACACCCACUGCUGAAGACACAGCUCGGAUCAUGGCACAUAAUGCAGAAAGAGGAUUCCCAGGAUCGCACAAUGACAUCAAUGUGCUCCAAUGCUCGAAUGUGUUUGCCAAGCUCGUUGAAGGCACUGCUCCUCGGGUAAACUAUGAGAUCAAUGGCCAUCUGUACAUCAAGGGAUACUACCUGGCAGAUGGCAUCUAUCCAAGAUGGUCGACCUUUGUGAAGACAAUCUCAACGCACCAGCAGGAGGAGCAAGAUCUUGGUUUGCGACGCAACAGGAAGCAUGCAGGAAGGAUGUCGAGCGGGCAUUUGGUGUGUUGCAGGCUCGAUUUGCCAUCGUCUGGUACCCUCCUCUCACUUGGUCGAAAGAUCAGAUUUGGGAGGUCAUGA